CCAUCAUGGCUCCGCCAUUAUACACUUUCACCGCAAAACCAGUUCCGAAGGAAGUUUUGGACGGACCUCAGGGCGUUUCAAAGAAGAGAGAAUUAUCAUCAACUGAGUCUGUUUCACCUGCCUGCGUGAGGAAAUCAAAGGUGUAUGCUGUAUCUCUGGAUGUCAAAGAUGGAAAAAAGUGUCUCACAGAGAAAGAAGUUCAUCACUUUGGAAUUCCGACCGCAGGGUGCGCAGGGCGGAAACACGCGACUGAAGUCCGGCCUUUCAGUUUUGAUGAAAGGAACAGACAGCUCCUUAAGAAGAAAGAAGAAACAAUUCAGAAGUACCUGGAGCAUGAGAAGAAAAUUCGUGAAUUUCAUGCUAACCCAAUACCUGCCUGUAUAAAGUCCCCUAACAUCCUGAAGCAGUCUUUUGUUCUAUCGACACAACCAUCUCCAUUCCAGCUGGAGGUAGACAAACGUGGCAUGCUUAAGCAGCGGCAACUCAAACAGAAGAGGGACGAAAUGCUCAAAAGGGAUGAAAUGGAAGAGAUUGCAAAACUGCGGAAGGAAGCCAUCCAUAAGGCCAACCCCAUAAGACAUUACAAACCACUCAGGAUAAUGAACUCAGAUAAGAUACUGACUGAUCCCAGCAGCCCAGCUUUUUCACAUCACUCAAAGAAGAUUGAGUGAAUGUAACUGAAGUAACUUUUUUAAUAAAGUAUGUGAAGAUGUUUAACAUAUUUUAAACGUUUCAAUAAAUUUAUGCAAAAUUGUCUUUAAACAUGCAAUAUUAAACUUAACCAGUGGUGUAAUUUUAUCAUCUCCAUUUAAAAUAAAUUAAAUUAGUUUUUCAAAUAUAUUUGAAUAAAUCACACUUUCAAAAAUGUUCAUUAUUGAAUAUAAUUUUUAUGCUUUUAUUUAGAAUACUAAUUUUAUUUUUGAAAAUUAAGAUAAAACUAGCACUGGUUAAAUGAAGUAUGAAUUUGUGUGUACUGAUUGAAAAAUCUAAAAUAACAUAUUCAUGUAAGAAAGUACAAUUUGGUUUUAAACUGUAUGGUUAGCGUACCUAUUCUAAUUUAGACAUACAUGCAUGCACCAGAUGCUCUUACAAAGCCUAUCACAUCGCAUUGCAUAUCAAUGCAAUGCGAUAAGUUUUUUGAAUAACUUCUACAGAUUAACUUGAUCUUCAUCACGAGUUUUAAUUAUUAUUCAGCGGUCACUUUUAAAAUGUUUUAAUUUGUGAAAAAUAAAAUGAGCCUUGCUUGUAGAUUGUUUUCAUUGAGAGACAUGUAACCAGUUCACAGAAUAUUCUUUUGAACAAAAUAAGACUUGAGCUCAUCUUCUACAUUUCUCAUAAUGAAUGGACAAUUACGCCAAUUUCUUACAAUUGAUAAUACUGUUGCAGGAAGUGAUAUAGUACUUUUGAAGCAGAGCUGUAGAAAAAUAAAUAAUGAAAGUCAUGCAA